AUGAAAACAUCUUGGACCGAUUUGAAUCCAGGGAGGAGAUUCGCUAUAUGUCCCAAAUAUAAGCAAAUUGGGGGUUGCAAAUACUAUGUGUGGAUUGACCCUCCAAUGUGUGACCGAUCUCGUAACAUAAUUUCUGGUUUACUUAGGAAGAUCAACAAGUACGAAGAUGAGUUGAAGAAGUAUGGAGUUGAGUUGAAGAAGUGUGAAGAUGAGUUGAAGAAGUGUGAAGAUGAUUUGAAAAAGUGUGAAGAACAACUCAUUAAGAAGGGGUCAAGGGAAAAAUGGUUGUGGAUUGCCUUGACAAUUGCAAUGUUUUUAGUGUAUCUGUUUGUUUAGAUGUUUAGAACAAGUAUUGAUCUUUCUAUAUUAUGUACUUGCCUUCAAUUAAGUAGUUGUAAUAACUUUUUAACU